AUGGAUCCCCGGAGGCCCCCUUUCCAGGGCACUGCCCCCUUUCGCAUGCCCUGUGGGGCCCACAUGCCUGGGCCUCAGCAGCAGCUGCCUCAGCCUGAGCAUCUGAUCCGUGGCAGGGCAGUGUCCCUUCCAUGUACCAGCGGGAUGCAGAGGGUGCCGGAGGAGCCACGGCAGCCAGCUGUGCUGGUACGGCAGGAACCUCUUCCAUCUGUCACGACCCUGCAUUCCAUGUUCCAAGGACUUGGUUUUGAGACAAUCCCGAGACCUGCCUUGGGACGGGCAGUUCAGCCUUUGGGUCGAGGCAUCUUGGGGAGGGGCAUGGGUGAUAUGGAGGCCAAACUUAAAGCAGUCAUGCCAGUGCAGCCCACCUUUCCAUCACCAAAUGUCAUGCCAGCUGGGUGCAGCAAGGUGGAGAGGAUGUCGCUUUCUCCUGGCAGAAUUCUUGGCCGCGGGCAAAUGGAAGCUCCACCUGUCCCUCUUGGAAGAGCAGCCAUGUCACUCGGCAGGGGGUUGUGCAAAGUUCCUACAGACUUGACUUUCCUGCGCACAGGUGUGCUUCAGCCUCAGCUCUCACAACCGCUGCUGUCACCUCCCAGUUUUGCGCCCCAGCCAGAAAGUCCUCCACCCACCCUUGUUGAACAGAUGGAGAGAAAAGAACCGCUAAUGAAGCAAGGAUCUCAAGGAACUCCUUUCCCCUUAGGACUGAACCUGAUUAAAAUACACUGCAAAAAUGAAGCCGUUUACCAGUACCAUGUGACUUUCAGUCCUAAUGUGGAAUGCAAGAAUAUGCGGUUUGGAAUGAUGAAGGAGCAUAGAUCGGUGACAGGAGACGUUAUGGCAUUUGAUGGCUCUAUCCUCUACCUGCCUAUCAAGUUGCCUCAAACUAUUGAUCUGACGUGUCAGAGAAAGACAGAUGGAGCUGAGAUCACCAUAAAGCUUCAGAUGACCAAAAUCCUAGAGCCCAGCUCGGACCUGUGCAUUCCGUUUUACAAUGUGGUCUUCAGGAGGGUGAUGAGGAUUUUAGAUAUGAAACUUGUUGGGAGAAAUUUCUAUGAUCCCACCAGUCCUACAAUGCUGCAGCAGUAUAGGUUGCAGAUAUGGCCAGGUUACUCAGCCAGUAUCCGGAGGACGGAUGGAGGUCUCUUCCUGUUGGCAGACGUCUCCCACAAGGUUAUCCGGAAUGAUUCUGUCCUGGAUGUAAUGCAUGUAAUCUACCAGCAGAGCAGAGAGAACUUCCAGGAUGAGUGCACCAAGCAGCUAAUUGGCAAUAUCAUCAUUACCCGCUAUAAUAAUCACACGUACCGUAUUGAUGACAUUGACUGGAACAAGACUCCGAAGGACAGUUUCACCAUGUCUGAUGGGAAAGCGAUCACCUUCGUAGACUAUUACAGCAAAAAUUAUGGUAUAACAAUCAGGGAGCUGGACCAGCCGCUGCUGAUUCACAGACGCAAUGAAAGGCAGACUCCCCAAGGGAAGCUUCAGAGGGGUGAGAUUCUGCUGCUGCCAGAGCUCUCCUACAUGACCGGGAUCCCUGAGAAGAUGAAGAAGGACUUCAGAGCCAUGAAGGACCUAACCCAUCAAAUUAAUCUGAGCCCUAAGCAGCACCACGCAUCUCUGAGUAAUCUCCUGCACAGGAUUGAGGAGAAUGAGGCUGCUAGCAAGGAAAUGUCACGGUGGGGACUAUGUUUGGACAAGGAUGUGUAUAAGACACAAGGGCGCGUUCUCCCCAUGGAAAAAAUAAGCCUGAGGACCAGCUCUUUUAUGACUUCUGAGGACCUAAACUGGACCAAAGAAAUAACAAGAGAAGCUGUCAAUUCUGCGAUUCCCAUGCAUUACUGGGCAUUGUUUUAUCCAAAACGGGCCGUGGACCAAGCACGAGAGUUGGUCAGCAUGCUGGAGAAGGUCUCUGGCCCAAUUGGCAUGCAGUUAAACCAGCCCGCCUGGGUGGAAUUGAAAGAUGAUCGAAUAGAGACCUAUGCCAGGACUAUCAAAUCCAUCUUGGGCACUGAGGGUAAGAUGCAGAUGGUCAUAUGUAUCAUCACUGGGACCAGAGAUGACUUGUACGGAGCCAUUAAAAAGCUGUGCUGUGUGCAAUCUCCAGUACCCUCUCAGGUCAUCAAUGCCCGGACCAUCAUGACCCAGCCAAACAAAUUAAGGAGCGUAGCACAGAAAAUUCUACUGCAGAUUAAUUGCAAGCUAGGUGGGGAACUCUGGGGAGUGGACAUCCCAUUGAAACAGCUGAUGGUGAUUGGCAUGGAUGUGUACCAUGAUCCCAGCAGGGGAAUGCGCUCUGUGGUUGGCUUCAUUGCAAGCACCAAUCAUGCUCUCUCGAAGUGGUAUUCUAGGGUUGUGUUCCAGAUGCCUCAUCAGGAAAUGGUAGACAGUUUGAAGCUUUGUCUGGUCGGGGCCUUACAGAAGUUCUAUGAGGUGAACCACUGUCUGCCUGAGAAGAUAGCAGUUUAUAGAGAUGGAGUGUCAGACAGCCAGCUGAACACAGUGGUCAGCUACGAGAUCCCACAGCUCCAGAAAUGCUUUGAAGCCUUUGAGAACUACCAGCCCAAGAUGGUGGUCUUUGUGGUUCAGAAGAAAAUCAGCAUCAAUCUCUACUCUGCGUCCACUGAGCACUUUGUAGCCCCCGCUCCAGGGACUGUAAUUGACCAUACUGUCACCAGUAGAGAUUGGGUGGAUUUUUACUUGUUGUCUCAUCACAUCCGACAGGGUUGCGGCAUCCCGACUCACUAUAUCUGUGUGCUUAACACAGCCAACCUCAGUCCUGACCACAUGCAAAGGUUGACUUUCAAGCUUUGCCACAUGUACUGGAACUGGCCAGGCACUAUCCGAGUUCCAGCCCCCUGCAAAUAUGCUCACAAGCUGGCCUUUCUCGCAGGACAGUUUCUGCACCAUGAACCAGCUAUUCAGCUCUGUGAGAGACUCUUUUUCCUGUAA